AUGGACUUGCGACUGGUAACUGAGCUGCACAGGUCUAUCAAAGAUUGUGCAGACAGAGGUCUUGCAGUUGCAGCUAAAUGGUCAUCCGAACUCUAUCUUUCGAUACCUCAACAUAAACGGGGCGCUUUGUGUGAACACCCUACCACGUUUUCAACCUCAACGCCUGCCCGCUCUCGCUCCCCACAGCCUUCGCUUUCAUUUGUUGUUGACUCGCCAGCCGUCGGUACCGGUCUUUCCAUUCCACUCAAGGCGCCCCACUAUGUGCCCAUAUCCACGUCCGAAAGGUCUGCCUGUCAAUCACAAGAAGUGGACCUAGAACAAGCCGAUGAAGCAGCUCUUCUUACUGCUCAGGCGUUUUUUUCAUCUAAAGAGUUUAGCAGAGUGGUACAUGUCCUUCAAGGUUGCAAGAGUCCGAAGGCUCAGUUCUUGUCAGUAUACUGCCAAUUUUUGAUUGGUGAAAGGAAUACUGAGAGGAACUGGUAUAAGAAUUUCAGCGAUCGCGAUCAACCAGCGAUACCUUUCAAUCAACGUUUAUUUGGUCACUUGGAGCUGGUCAAGGAUACCAACGAUCCGUGGCUAUUAUUUUUAAAAGGACUCUUUCUUUCUCGUUUAACUAGGCGAGAAGAAGCAGUGGAAAGCAUAAUCAUUUCUCUUAGUGGAUACCCGUGGAAUUGGUCCGCGUGGACUUUGUUAGGCCAAUGUGUGGGAGAUGCCCAGGAGCUCGCAUCUCUCCUUCCGCUUCUACCAUUUCCGGCCAGCCAUCCUUUAGUACAAUUGUUUCAGGUUAAAGCGAUGAACGAGCUCAACAGCCCGACGGAAAAUGAGCUUGCUCUGUGUGACCAUCUUUUGGGCGACGACUAUUUUCGGGGGAACCCUUGGGUGAUGAGUUUACGCGCAUGUGUCCUUUACCACCUACAUGAUUUUGGACAAGCAGAAAAACAGUUCGAGAACGUACUGUCUUUAGACCCCUAUCGAGUCGACGACAUCGACAUCUACUCCAACAUACUCUACGUCACAGAAAAUCGACUAAAACUUACCUGGCUUGCGCACGAGUUUCUUGAGCGGGAUAAGGACCGGCCCGAAGUUUGUUGUUUGGUCGGAAACCACUACUCUCUGCGUGGCGAGCACGAGAAGGCAGUAAAAUACUUUAGGCGUGCUACCGAGCUCGAUCGGACUUACCUCUCGGCAUGGACCUUGAUGGGUCACGAAUACAUAGAGAUGAAGAACUCGCACGCUGCCAUAGAAGCGUACCGACGCGCCGUGGAUAUCAGCAGGAAGGAUUAUCGAGCAUGGUACGGCCUUGGUCAGGCUUACGAACUUCUGAGCAUGCACCAGUAUGCACUACACUACUACCAGCGAGCUACGGCUCUUCGGCCAUACGAUGUCCGACUGUGGCAGGCCCAGGCCACGUGUUACGAGGAAAUCGGGCGUACGAGGGACGCUGUGGAGUGCCUCAAACGCGCCUUGUUAAGUGCAGGCUCACAAGAGACUACGUUAUGCCUGAAGCUUGCCAAGCUUUAUGAAGAGCUAGAAGAGCCUACAGAAGCUGCAGCAUACCACAUGAGGGUUGUCGACAUUUCUCGCGCGGAGGGACGUCCAAUUCAAGACUAUGCAAAAUCAAGCAUAUAUGUGGCUCGCCACCAAAUGGUAAUUCCAGGCGGUGAUUUGGAGCUUGCCAAGGAGUACCUGGAACGUAUCGCACAGAGCAAUGUCGAGGAAGUGACGCAGGCUGCAGAUUGGUUGAAAAAGCUCAAAUCCGUGAUGCUAUCGAGGCCUCUAACUACUUCAACUACUAGCCGUGGUUCGUGA